AUGCAAAUGAACUCCGCCUGGAGAAACACGGAAGAAUCCCUGCCGCCCUAUUCCCGCAAAUAUGCCGGAUUCCUCCAAUCUGACAUCCCAGCCCUCAUCGACCCCCCAUUCCUGAUCCCCUCCUACCUCCGCAACUCCCGCUACAUCGCCCGCCUCGAGUCCGCCCACGGAGCGAAACAAACAAAGGAUGCAAACCCGCCUCUGUCCGCUUCCUCAAGCAAUGUUCAUCUCCCUCGCAUGGCCCCGUCGCACCGAGGCAUGACUUACGAUAUCAUAGAGAAGGAACCGCCUGUCGCGGAUCCCCUCUCCCCGCUGCCCAGCCAGUGGAGCGUCGCGGACAAAUACGCCGGCUUGGAAUUGAGUAAUGAUAAUUUCGAUGUGCGGUACACCGGUCCCGUUCACAAGCAUGACCAUGAGGCUGCUGCUUUACGCGCGGACCACCCCAUGCCGCCGCAGUGUGGGAUCUACUACUUUGAAGUCAAAGUUGAGUCUAAGCCGAAGGAAGGGAUGAUCGGUAUUGGAUUCUCCAGUCCAAAGGCGUCUGUAGAAAGGCUUCCCGGCUGGGAGCAGGAAUCCUGGGCUUAUCAUGGGGAUGACGGGAAGUCGUUUUUCGGAGAGAGUCAGGGCCAAGGACGGGCGUAUGGACCGACUUUUGGGGUUGGUGAUACCGUGGGCUGUGGAGUGAACUUUUCUACGGGGUCCGCGUUCUUCACUAAGAACGGCAUUUUCUUGGGGAAUGCGUUCCACGAACUGCGAAACGUGAAGCUUUAUCCUUCUGUAGGAAUGAAGAAAUUGCCACCCGUACAUCUCAAAGCGAACUUUGGACAGGAGCCUUUCGUUUUUGAUAUCGAUAGCAUGGUCAGGCAAGAGAGACUGGCCAUCCAAAAUGAGAUUAAUGCCACAUCAACAACGAAUCUCCAACCACCACUGGACGAAUCAACCCUCCUACAAGAACUAGUGGCUCAGUUCCUCGCCCACGACGGCUACGUAGAGACAGCACGUGCCUUUGCCGAAGAAGUCGCCACAGAAACUAUGGCUCUACAAAACGGCCGCAACGAGCCAUUAAAGAAAUAUGAAGUAGAAGAAGACCACGAAGCCAUCAACAGGAACAAAAUCCGCUCCGCAAUCCUAGACGGCGACAUCGACAAAGCGCUCAAACACACAAAAGCCUACUACACAAACGUACUCGACGAAAAUCCCCAGAUCCACUUCAAGCUGCGCUGCCGCAAAUUCCUCGAAAUGAUGCGUCGCUCUAACGAACUCAGUAAUCGUCCAUCAUCAGCACACUCCAACGAACACGCCGUCUUCGAUCACGAGAUGGAACUCGACGACGACACUGACUCAUCUGCUUUCAACGCCCUGCUUACAGAAGCCGUGCAGUACGGCCAGCAGCUACGCGCCGAUUAUCCUAAUGAUGAGAACGGUGGCGAUAAGAAACUACUCGAUGAUAUCUUCUCGCUCGUCGCGUAUCCGGAUCCCAAGAAAUCAGUUAAUGGGCAUUAUCUUGAAACGAAGGGGCGGGUGGCUGUGGCUGAGGAGUUGAACUCGGCGAUUCUGGUGUCGUUGGGCAAGUCCUCUGCUGCGGCGUUGGAAAGGUUAUACCAGCAGACAGAGGUGUUGGUUAAUGAAAUCAGUGAAGACGGCGGCGCUGGGGCGUUCAUUAAUGUGCGGAAUGAUGUUUUGCUUUGA